AUGAUUGGACAUCGGUAUUUGUCCGCAUCAAACGAUGUGUUAGGCGCUCUCCCUGAAAGUGUUGUUAAGGGAUUUCCUCUUAUAAUGCAGCAGAGAAGCGGUUUUACGCUGCGUCUUUAUGAUUAUUUAAUAACUGGUAUUUAUCAAGGACAAAACUUCAUGGAAUUAUCUGAAGGCAUUGCAUCAAUGAAUUACAGACAGUACAUGCGUAAUAAACCGGACAGCAAAGAGUUAUCUGUAAAGGAGUUUGAGAGUAUUCCUUUCAUUGCCUAUCCAAGCAACGAUAAACUAAUGGAUUUGUUUCUCAUGCAGUUUGAGCGGAACAAAAAACGUUAUGAGAAUAACAUGCAGAAACACACAGGGGAGAUUCUGUCCUGUGACCACACCUUUAGAACGAGUAAACAUAUCGGGGUAACCCGCGAGGACGGCAAGUUUGUAGGCCAGUUUAAAAACGUCUUCUUGGGGGUGAACGAAAACGGAGAAGUUAUGAUAUGGAAGUUUACGAAGACGACUUCUUCGUCCGAAAUUAUCGACUCACUUAAAGAACUCAAAGAGAGGCUUGAUAUAAGGCAAGCACUAACUUAA